CAAGGGAAAAGGAAGGGGAUUACUAGGCGUGCGCAGCCGCUGGGGGCGGGACUUCCGGCCUCACCCCUCGGACGACUUCUGGCCUUUCCUCAGGUCGGCUCAACCUCUAAGGUUCCGGAGCGGACUUUCGGGGACGAGGUGACAAACUGACAAAGCGCGAGGGGAGGCGACGUCCCCGCCGCAUAGACUGGGGGUCACGACUCGCUGACGCCACUCGGGCUGCUCCCCGCCGGGGCCGGAACUGGGACCGCGGGCUCGAGUGUCAGUUCUCCCACAGUCCGAUGGCGGCGGCCGCGCCUAGGAACCCGGCUGAGGGUGGUGUGACCUUUGAGGACAUUGCCAUCUACUUCUCCUGGAAGGAAUGGAGACUUCUUGAUGAGGCUCAGAGACGGCUGUACUAUGACGUGAUGCUGGAGAACUUUACACUUAUAUCCUCCCUGGGUUGCUGCUGUGGAGCAGAGGAUGCGGAGGCACCCCUUGAACAGAGCGUUUCUGUAGGUGUGUCACAGGCCAGCACGCCCAAGGCAGCUCUGUCUUCCCGGAAGACCCACCCCUGUGAGAUGUGUGGUCCGGUCUUGAGAGACGUUUUCCGCUUGGCUGAGCAGCAGGGAAAACCAAGCAGCCAGAAACUGUUGAGGUGUGGGGCAUGCGCACAACAAUUUUACUUCAGCGUAAACUUUCAGCAGCAGCCGGAGCAGCACAUGGGAGAGAAAUCAUUCAGAAGUAGUGUGGACACGGCCUCUUUUAUGAAAGGAUAUGGACUCCAUGAUUCAGGAAAGCCCUUUACCUGUACAGAGGUUCAGAAGGAUUUCGUGCCUGGCUCGGGGCAUCUGCAGCAAGAGGCCACUGAAACUGGAGAGAAGCCAAACACAAUCAGUCAGUGCAGGGCAACUUUGCAGAGCAGUAAAGGACAUUACACUUGGGGAGAAUGCAAGGAAGCCUUCUGUUCCGAACAUACACAUGUUCGGGAUCAGAGUGUCCAACCUGGAAGUCCAUGUUUUGUGUGCAGUGAAUGUGGGAAAACAUUCAGGCACAAAUCUUUAUUUGCCAUACACCAGAGAUUCCAUACUGCGGAAAGACAUCAUGAGCUUAACAAAUGUGGAAAAUUGCUAAGGCAGAUGUCAACUCACACUGCACAUGGAAAGACUCUCACUGCAUCUAGGCAAUACACGUGCAACAAAUGUGGGAAAUCCUUAAGCCACAAAUCUGUGCUCAUUCAUCCCCAGAGAGGGCAUAGUGGAGAAAAUGAUUAUGUUUGCAGUGGAUGUUCAACAUCUUUUAGCCAUAGUUCAGUUUCGAUUAUACAUUCUGUUCAAACCUCAGAAAGGCCCUAUAAGUGUAGUGUCUGUGCAAAAUGUUUUACCUCUAUCUCUGCCCUCACUUAUCAUCAGAGAUCUCACACAGGGGAAAGACCUUAUGGGUGCAGUGAAUGUGGGAAGUCUUUUACCUCCAGGACUGGCCUCCAUUACCAUUACAUAGUACACUCUGGAGAGAGGCCUUAUGAGUGCAGUAAAUGUGGGAAGGCUUUUAUCUCCAGAACUGGCCUCCGUUACCAUUACAGAGUUCACACUGGAGAAAGGCCUUAUGAAUGCAGAGAAUGUGGGAAAUCUUUUACUGAUACUUCUGCCCUCCGAUAUCAUCAGAGAGUUCACACUGGAGAAAAGCCUUAUGAGUGCAGUGAAUGUGGGAAAUCUUUUACUACUCCAUCUGCCCUGCGUUGUCAUCAGAGAGUUCACACUGGAGAAAGGCCUUAUGAGUGCAGUGAAUGUGGGAAAUCUUUUACUACUCCUUCUGCCCUCCGUUCUCACCAGAGAGUUCACACUGGAGAAAGGCCUUAUGAGUGCAGUGAAUGUGGGAAAUCUUUUACUCAUACUUCUGCCCUUCGUUAUCACCAGAGAGUUCACACUGGGGAAAAGCCUUAUGCCUGUAGGGAAUGUGGGAAAUCUUUUACUACUCCUUUUGCUCUCCGUUCUCACCAGAGAGUUCACACAGGAGAAAGGCCUUAUGAGUGCAGUGAAUGUGGGAAAUCUUUUUUCUCUAAGUCUGACCUCCAUUGUCAUCAUAGAGUUCACACUGGAGAAAGGCCUUAUGAGUGCAGUGAAUGUGGCAAGUCCUUUCUCCGAAGAAAUAAUCUCAAUGUACAUGCAAAGGUCCACUCAGAUGAAAGGCCUUACAAGUGUAAUGAAUGUGGGAAAUCUUUUAAGUGUAAGUCAGCAUGCAUUCAACACCAGAGAGUUCACACUGGAGAAAGGCCUUAUGAGUGCAGUGAAUGUGGGAAAUCUUUUACCACUAGUUCAGGCCUUCGUUAUCACCAGAGAUUUCACACUGGAGAAAGGCCUUAUGAGUGUACUGAAUGUGGGAAAUCUUUUGCUGACACUUCUGCCCUCCAUUAUCACCAGAGAGUUCACACAGGAGAAAGGCCUUAUGAGUGCAGUGAAUGUGGGAAAUCUUUUUUCUCUAGGUCUGACCUCCAUUAUCAUCACAGAGUCCACACUGGGGAGAGGCCUUAUGAGUGCAGUGAGUGUGGCAAGUCUUUUUCCCGAAGAAAUAACCUCAAUGUACACCUAAAGGUUCACUCAGAUGAAAAGCCUUACAAGUGUAAUGAUUGUGGGAAAUCUUUCAAGUGUAAGUCAUCAUUCAUUGAACACCAGAGAGUUCACACCGGAGAAAGACCUUAUGAGUGCAGUGAGUGUGGGAAACCUUUUUCCACUAGUUCUGUCCUUCGUUCUCACCAGAGAGUUCACACUGGAGAAAGGCCUUAUGAGUGCAGUGAAUGUGGGAAAACUUUUACUGCUAGCUCUAUCCUCCGUAAUCACAAGAGAGUUCACACUGGAGAAAGACCUUAUGAGUGCAGUGAAUGUGGGAAAACUUUUACCACUAGGUCUGUCCUCCUUUAUCAUCAGAGAGUUCAUAGUGGAGAAAGGCCUUAUGAAUGCAGUGAAUGUGGCAAGUCCUUCAUCCAAAGAAAUAGUCUCAAAGUACACAGAAAGGUUCAUUCUGGUGAAAUGCCUUAUAAGUGCAAUGAAUGUGCGAAAUCUUUCACCUGCAAGUCAAAACUCCUUGAACACCAGAGAAUUCACACAGGAGAAAAACCUUAUCUGUGCAAUAAAUGUGGGAAAUCUUUUAGUCGUAGCCAUGCCCUUCAGUAUCAUCAUCAAAGUCACCUUGGAAUAAGGCCUUAUAAGUGUAGUGAAUGUGGGAAAUCUUUUGCUUGUAGUUAUUCCCUCCGAUCUCACCAGAGAGUUCACACUGGAGAAAGGCCUUAUGAGUGCAAUGAAUGUGGGAAAUCUUUUACAGCUAGUUCUGUCCUACAUGCUCACCAGAGAGUUCAUACUGGAGAAAGACCGUAUGAAUGCAGUGAAUGUGGCAAGUCCUUUCUCCGAAGAAAUAGCCUCAAUGUACACAUAAAGGUUCACUCGGGUGAAAGGCCUUACAAUUGUAAUAAAUGCGGGAAAUCUUUUAAGUGGAAGGCAACAUUCAUUCAACACCAGAGACUUCACACAGGAGAAAGGCCUUAUGAGUGCACUGUAUGUGGGAAAUCUUUUAUCAGUCAUCCUGCUCUUAGUUAUCAUCAAAGAGUUCACACUGGAGAAAGGCCUUAGGAGUGCUGUGAAUGUGGGCAGUCUUUCAGCCAAAGCUCCAGUCUCACUCAACAACAGAAAGUAUAGUAGAUGAAGCCCUUCUGAGUGAUCAAUUAUGAAUUGUUUAUGUUCACUAGAAGUUGUAUUUCUCUUCCUAUCCUCUAUUCAGGAUUAGCAGAUGAUGUCUUUGGGAGGUAAUUUGAAUCAGAAUGGGUCAUGAGUGUGGAUGGAGCCCUCAUGAAUGGGUUUAUUGUCUUCAUACCAGUUCUAAGAGAGCUUGCUUCCUCUGUGUACCAUGUGAGGACCCUUUUGAGAAGAUCAUCUAUAAAUCAGGAAGUUGCUCCUCACCAGACAUGGAACCGGACCCUAUAGGGAAUGUUAGGUUGGCUAUCCAGCCUCCAGAAAGAAGUUUCUGUUGUUUGCAAGUCACCUAGUUUGUGGUACUUUGUUAGAGCAGUCUGAGCUAAGACGUGAAGAAUGUGGGCAAUCUUUUGGCGAAGGAUACAGUUUCAUAAAAAUCAGAAAGUA